AUGUCAAGGAGUUCUAUGGUUGAAAUGUUCCCCGAACAACUUAAGAGCUUUCAGUUACUAGAUGCAGAUGAGAUCAGGGCUGGCUCUCUGACACAUUGGAAAAAUAUGACCUUGUACGUGUUAAUGGUAAUGCUUUGUUUUUGUGAAUUUGGGAUAGGGAGUCCCAUGACAGCGAAAGUGAAAAUCGAAGAUAUAGAAGAUGAAGAUUUGUCGAUCACUUUCAAUGUGGUUGAAGGUGAUGCUUUGAGGUUUUACAAGAGCUUUAAUGCGAAACUUCAGGUUAUCAAAGUGCGUGAUGAUGUUGGCUCUGCGAAAUGGACUUCAGAAUUUGAGAAGGCAACUGAAGAUGCCCCCCAUCGUGAACAUUAUGUGGACUUUACAGUUAAGAUGUACCAAGGGCUGGAUGCUUACCUUUGUCCUCAGUACCUCUGUAGGCCCUGA